UCUUUCUUCUUCCGGAGGUGUGGUUUUUGGAGGUUUCCCUACACUGACCUUCUGCUUUCUCCGGAUUUUGUAAUUUAAAUUUAACAGCGGCUUUCUCUAGGUCACCUACAGACAUCUGGUUUCCAUGCAACUACAGUUUUUCGAGCACUUUAAGCAUAAAAAUAUGCCCUUCACCAGCUUGAUUACGGCGGAGCCAAUAACGGUUGCUUUGGUGUUUCUUUUCACAAUUCUCGCCUCUUACAGCUUCUUUUGGAAACGCUUCCAUAAUACUAAGUAUAAGUUUCCCGAGGGACCGACGCCACUGCCCGUCCUGGGGAAUCUGCACAUCCUAAACUUGAGAAUGCCUCAUGAGACCCUCCACAAGCUCUCUGAUAAAUAUGGCAGUGUGUAUACUUUUCACAUGGGCCCCAAAAAGGUUCUUGUUCUGUGCGGCUAUGAAGCUGUAAAGGAGGCCUUGGUCAACCAGGCGGAUGAUUUUGGAGAUCGGGGUGAGACGGCCAUUAAUAAGAAAACUACAAAAGGCAAUGGUAUCCUCUUUGGUCGAGGAGAAUCAUGGAGGACCAUGCGUCGCUUCACCCUGUCAACUCUGAGAGACUUUGGAAUGGGAAAAAGAACCAUAGAAAACAGAAUUGUUGAAGAAUCCCAGAAAUUACUGGAGGUAUUUGAGACUCACAAAGGUGAACCAUUUAAUCCAAGAACAGUGAUAAACUCUGCUGUGUCCAACAUCAUUUGCUCCAUCGUAUAUGGGGAACGAUUUGAUUAUAACGAUGCACAGUUUCUCCAUCUACAAAACAUCUUAAGGGACAAUAUCAGACUGGCAACAACUCCCAAGUCCCAGUUCUACAACAUGUAUCCAAUUUUGGGAAUCUUCUUGUCUGAUCAUAAAAAAGUCAUCGCCAACUACAAAGAGUUCAGAAGAUUCAAUUUAGGUAUUUAUGAUGAACGCAAAGAUAAAGUAGACAGCAAUGAUCUGAAGUGCUUCAUUGAUGCUUUCAUUGUUAAACGACAGGAAGAGGAGAGUAAAAGCACCAAAACAUACUUUCAUGAAGAUAACAUGGCCAUUACCUCGUUAAACUUAUUUGGGGCUGGAACAGAAACCACCUCAACCACUCUCCGGUGGGGUCUCCUGCUAAUGAUGAAAUAUCCAGAGGUGCAGGCAAAAGUUCACCAGGAAAUAGAAAGUGUGAUUGGGAAGGAGCGCAACCCACAGGCUAAUGACCGGAAACACAUGCCUUACACUGAGGCAGUUCUGCACGAAAUCCAGAGGUUCAGCAACGUGGUGCCUAUGGGCAUACCGCACCAAACGGCGGUGGACACAACCUUCCGCGGAUACACAGUCCCCAAGGGCACGCCUGUCAUCACUCUGCUCACCUCUGUUCUCUAUGAUAAGACUCAGUGGGCCACACCUCAUCAGUUUAAUGUUAAUCACUUCCUGGAUGACCAGGGGAAAUUCAUCACAAGAGAAGCUUUCCUGCCCUUUUCAGCAGGUCGCAGAGUGUGCCUUGGUGAAAAACUGGCCAAGAUGGAGCUGUUUCUCUUCUUUACAAUGCUAUUGCAGAAGUUUGUCUUUCGGCCACCACCAGGGGUCACUCUUGAACAGCUGGACCUCUCCCCUAUGCCUGGCUUAACAUUAUCCCCCCAAGACUUCAAACUAUGUGCUGUGUGCCACCAGACAAAUAUGCCUUUCACUAGCUUGAUCACUACGGAGGGUAUAACGUCUGCUUUCGUGUUUCUCUUUACAAUUCUCGCCUCUUACAGCUUCUUUCGGAAACGCUUCCAGAAUACCAAGUACAAGUUUCCGGAGGGACCGUCGCCUCUGCCCGUCCUGGGCAAUCUACACAUCCUAGACUUGAGAAUGCCUCAUGAGACACUCCAUAAGCUCGCUGAUAAAUAUGGCAGUGUAUAUACGUUUCAUAUGGGUCCCAAAAGGUAUCUUGUUCUGUGUGGCUAUGAAGCUUUGAAGGAGGCCUUGAUUGACCAGGCAGAUGAUUUUGGAGAUCGGUAUGAAAUGCCCAUAAAUAAGGACACCGCAAAAGGACAUGGUAUCAUUUUUAGCAGUGGAGAAUCAUGGAAGACAUUGCGUCGCUUUACCAUCUCAACUCUGAGAGAAUUUGGAAUGGGAAAAAGAACAAUAGAAUACAGAAUUGUUGAAGAAUGCCAGAAGUUACUGGAGGUCUUUGAGAGUCACAAAGGUGAACCAUUUGAUCCAAGAAAUGUAAUAAUCUCUGCUGUCUCCAACAUCAUUUGCUCAAUCGUAUUUGGGGAACGAUUUGAUUAUAAGGAUCUACAGUUUCUCCAUCUAAUAAACAUCAUACAUGAAAAUUUCAAGCUGGCAACAACGCCCCAGUCACAGUUGUACAACACAUAUCCGUUUUUGGGAUUCUUCUUGUCUGAUCACAAAAAAAACAUCGCCAACUAUAAAGAGAUUGAAAGAUUCAUUUUAAGUGUUUAUCAUGACCGCAAAGAUAAAGUGGACAAUAAUGAUCUGCGGGGCUUCAUUGAUGCUUUCAUUGUUAAAUGGCGGGAAGAGGAGACUAAAUGUUCCAAAACAUACUUUAAUGAAGACAACAUGGUUUAUACCUCGUUAAACUUGUUUGGUGCUGCAACAGAGACCACCUCAACUACCCUCCGAUGGGGUCUCCUGCUAAUGAUGAAAUAUCCAGAGGUGCAGGAAAAAGUCCGGCAGGAAAUAGAAACUGUGAUUGGGAAAGAGCGCAACCCACAGGUUAAUGACCGGAAACACAUGCCUUACACUGACGCAGUUCUGCACGAAAUCCAGAGGUUCAGCAACGUUGCACCCAUGGGCGUACUGCACCAAACGUCGGUGGACACAACCUUCCAAGGAUACACAGUACCCAAGGGCACGCCCGUCAUCACUCUGCUCACCUCUGCUCUCUACGAUAAGACUCAAUGGGCCACGCCUUAUCAGUUUAAUGUUAAUCACUUCCUGGAUGACCAGGGGAAAUUCAUCAAAAGAGCAGCUUUCCUGCCCUUCUCAGCAGGUCGCAGAGUGUGCCUUGGUGAAACGCUGGCUAAGACAGAGCUGUUUCUCUUCUUUACAAUGCUAUUACAGAAGUUUGUCCUUCAGCCACCAUCAGGAGUCACUCCUGAACAGCUGGACCUCUCCCCUGUGCCUGGCCUAACGUUAUCCCCUCAAGACUUCAAACUGUGUGCUGUGUGCCACUGAUUUUAUACAAUAAGUUUAUAUUAGCAAAAAAAUGUCUUGAACUUGUAAUACUUUCUGUAGUAGGUAUUACAGUUUUUCUCAAUUGAUUUGACACAUUCCUCAAACCAAAAAAGCCAUUCUCACAACAGUUCUCACAGCAACAAUGCACAUGGUCAAAGUAGGCUUUCGUUUCUGUUUGUUAUUUUACAAGAUGUGAAUGCCGAGGCACAUGUUGGCCAGCUCUAAACACAUUGUUCAUUGUGUACUGCAGUUCUCGUUCGACCCUAAGAAACGCAUCAUAACGGUUAGAACAUCCAUCAGUCAACUCAAAGAGCAACUUUGUCACACUGAGCUAGCAGCUCAUUGCUAUAAAUUACAGCAUAUUAAACAAGUCAUACAUGCAGCUUCUGCAUAAUCCAUUCAUAAAAGGCAAAGAUAGUGAGAAGAGCAAAUGUUUCUAGUCAUGUUUCAGAAAAUUGAAAGCUGUUAUGUUUAUUGUUUUAAUGGAUCUAAUUUUUGUGGUAUAUGUAUACUGUUAAUCAUUAUGUGUGCACAUGCACAUUGAUAUAAGUUCUCUUGUGAAUACAACAAGUUACAAUAAAAAAAAAACAUAGAAAGCGGUUA